GGUUCAGACUUCAGCAAUCAUUUCAUCGGCAGCCCUCCCGUCGAUACUACCCCUCAUCAAAACAAAGAGAUAACAUUCCUGCAUCUGCACGACUUGCCAACAUCUUUCCAGUCGUGGUUUGGUCUAUUUCUUCGUGUGAAGUCACAAGAUCGGCUACUCACAUGGCUUAGGUGUAUGCACUUCUUAGGUACUUUGUUAAUGCUUUGUUUUCGUUUGGCGAAUAAGACAUUAUUUUCUGCGGUUACAUCUGGAUUAAAUCGCAUCCCCCGUCACGAAAGUUAUCGCAAGCAUGGCUGGUCUGAGCAAUGCCACACUCACCAUUUUGGGAACAGGAAACAUCACAAAGCCCAUUGUGAAGAAUCUGCUUCCUGCUAUCAAGGCCGGCAAGACAGAUCUGCCUUUCACAAAGAUCAUCGCUUGCGUGCGAUCAGAAGGUUCAGAGUCCAAGCUUAAUGACCAGUUCUCCGAGUACAGCAGCAUUUUGACUGUAUCUCGUGGCGACAAUGUCAAAGCUGUUCAGAACGGCGACGUAAUCGUCUUGGGCGUUGAUCCAGCUGAUAUUGCUGAUGUUCUCAUCCAAGACGGUAUUCGCGAUGCGUUAUCAGGCAAACUUCUUAUCAGUGUAGCCGCUGGCUGGACAAAGGAGAAACUCGAAUCUACACUCUAUGGCAGCGAUACAACCAAAGAGAAUGCCUCCGGCAGGGCCUGGGUAAUUCGAACUCUGCCCAAUAUCGCAUGCAUGGUCUCAGAGGGUCUUAUCGCCAUUGAGAAAUCACCUACCGAGCCUCAAGUCCCAGCAGAGCUUAUGGAUCUCACCAAGAACCUCUUCAACACCAUCGGCAGAACUACCGAAGUCGCUCCACGCCUUAUGAACGCCACUACCGCCGUUGGAGGCUCUACCCCAGCAAUGUGGGCUAUCAUCUGCGACGCCUUCAUCGACGCGUCUGUGGCCGUUGGUGUACCCAGGGCUACUGCACAGACUAUGAUCUACCAGUCCAUGAGGGGCUCAGCUGCAAUGCUUCAGAGUGGACUGCAGCCGGGUGAUUUGAGAGAUCAGGGGACUUCGCCUGAGGGCUGCACCAUCGGAGGAAUCAUGGUUCUAGAAGAAGCGGGAGUCAGGGGCCAUCUUGGACGUGCACUACGGGAAGCGGUUACUCUGGCAAGGCUGAUGGAGACUACGACUCAUGUCAAUGAUACACGCCCGACUUCAUAGGUUUAGCUAGGAACUGUGGAUGAUAAAAAGUAUUGUGUACCAAGUACCGGACGCCUCCUCCCUAGACUGUCUACAAAAUGCAAAUUAUCUCCG